GCCCCGGCCGGCCGGGCAUGAAGCCGCUGGAGAAAUUCCUGAAGAAGCAGGGCUCGCACCUGGCGGGCCGGGCCGGGCCGGGCCCGGGGGGGCUGCAGCGCCGCCAGAGCGUCUCCCGCCUGCUGCUGCCCGGCUUCCUCCGGGAGCCCGCCGAGGAGCCCGAGCGGGGCAUGGAGCCGGCCCAGCCCGGCGGCGACGGGCGCUGGCUGGAGCUGCGGCCCCCGGACGCCGCGCUCCGGUCCCCCUCGUCCUUCUCCUCCGAGGAGCUGUCCCCCGGCGGCGGGGAGCCGCCGCUGAGCCCCGACCCCGCCGCCACCUGCUGCUGGCCCCCGGGGCCGCCCGACAGCCCCGAGCGCCUGCUGGGGGCGCUGCUGGACCGGCUCGGGGGGGGGCCGACCUCGCACGGCCAGGGCUGCGGCGCAGACGUGCUAUUGGACGACGUCAUCCUCACUCACUCGCUCUUCCUGCCGACCGAGCACCUGCUGCAGCAGCUGCACCAGCGCUUCCUGCUGGCGUCGGGGGGCCCUUCGCCCGGCUGGGAGGAGAGCGACGCGCUCCCGAGGAAGCGGGCCGUGCUGACCGUGCUGCUGCACUUCCUGGAGACCUACAAGGGCAUCCUGCAGGAGGAGGAGAGCGCUGGGAAAGUCAUCAAGGAUCUCUACCUGCUGAUCAUGAAAGACGCCUCCCUCUACCCGGAGCUGGAAGACGAGAUCCUGAGACUGCACCAGCUGGUGGAGACGGUGGAGCUCAAGGUGCCCGAGGAGACCCCACCACCCAGCAAGCAGGUCAAGCCCCUUUUCCGGCACUUCCGGCGCAUCGACUCCUGCCUCCAGACCCGGGUGGCCUUCCGGGGCUCGGAUGAGAUCUUCUGCCGCGUGUACAUGCCCGACCACUCCUACGUCACCAUCCGCAGCCGCCUCUCGGCCUCGGUGCAGGACAUCCUGGCCGCGGUGACGGAGAAGCUGCAGUACUCGGAGGAGCAGAGCGCCCGCGAGGAAGCCCUCGCCCUGGUGGCGGUGGCGUCGUCUGGAGAGAAGGCCGUGCUGCAGCCCAGCGAGGAGUGCGUCUUCACCACGCUGGGCAUCAACAGCCACCUCUUCGCCUGCGCGAAGGACGCCAUUGAGUCGCUGGUCCCGCUGCCUGAGGAGAUCCAGGUCUCGCCGGGCGACACCGAGAUCCACCGCGUGGAGGCUGAGGAAAUAGCCAAUCACAUGACGGCCUUUCACUGGGAACUCUUCCGCUGCAUCCACGAGCUGGAGUUUGUGGACUACGUUUUCCACGGGGAGCGGGGCCGGCGGGAGACGGCCAACCUGGAGCUGCUGCUGCAGCGCUGCAGCGAGGUGCAGCACUGGGUGGCCACGGAGAUGCUGCUGUGCGAGUCGCUGGGGAAGCGCGCCCACCUGCUCAAGAAGUUCAUCAAGAUCGCAGCCAUCUGCAAGCAGAACCAGGACAUGCUGUCCUUCUAUGCCGUGGUGAUGGGGCUGGACAACGCGGCCGUCAGCCGGUUACGGCUCACCUGGGAGAAGCUUCCGGGCAAGUUUAAGAACCUGUUCCGGAAGUUUGAGACUCUGACGGACCCCUGCCGGAAUCACAAAACCUACCGGGAAGUCCUCUCCAAGAUGAACCCCCCCCUCAUCCCCUUCGUGCCCCUCAUCCUGAAAGACCUGACGUUUGUGCACGAGGGCAGCAAGACGCUCCUGGAUGGGCUGGUGAAUGUGGAGAAGCUGCACUCAAUCGCCGAAAAAGUGAGGACAAUCCGGAAGUACCGCAGCCGGCCCCUGUGCCUGGAUUUGGAGGCGUCGCCCAGCCAGCUGCAGACCAAGGCCUACGUGCGCCAGUUCCAGGUGAUCGACAAUCAGAACCUGCUCUUCGAGCUCUCCUACAAGCUGGAGGCGAGCAGCCAGUGACAGCCGGGGGGCGCUGGAUCCGUCACACUACAGCACUUUGGCCGGCCCCGGCCCCGGCUCGCCGGACGCCCCUGUGCUUGGGGAGACACGGGGCCUGGUGCCGCGGCACUUUGUGGUUUACAGAGUCGGCUGGACUUUAAACACGUGGCCCUUCCCCAUCGGGGGUGGGGGGCGACCCCUGCUGCGCAGACGGGGUGGGCCGGGACCGGCUUUCGGUCUAGCUUUAAACUCCGGCCCAGCUGGGCCAGGCGCCCAGGGCACUGUCUGGGGGACCAGGGCAUGGGCAGGAGACACUGUCCCCUCUGCCGGGUGCCAGUGGGGUGGGUCGGAGCCAGGUGGGGUGAGGGGCUGCAUGUGGUGUGGGGAUCAGCAUUCCCCUUGGCAAACAAAGGGGACCUGUGCCCCCUGGGUCCCAGAUCCCUCUCGCCCCAUUCCUGUUCUCUCUUCUCGGGUUCAACCCUCCUGCUUCUCCCACCCGUGUGUGUUUCCCUCCUUUCCUCCAUCCCCCAGCCAGAGCAGCUGUGAUUCCAACCUCCCCCCCCACCCCCCGGCUCUCAGAGGGACAGGGCGCUGGGACCCUGAGCCCCUUGCUGGGGCGCUCUGAGUGCAUGUCAGAAUGCAAAGGGCCCCCCUAAGGGGAAGCAGCAUUGGGGUGCUGGGGAGAAGCCCUGGCUCUGUCCCCCAGAGUUGGUCCUGCUGAAGGCACUGCACUUCCCUGUAGUUUCAAAGCUAUGGGUUCCCCCGCCCUAGUUUCAAAGCUAUGGGUUGUCCCCGCCCGCUUGCCCGCCCAGGGUGACUUGGUCCCUAGGAGUUUGGCUGCAGUAACUGACAGGGCCGGCUCCAAGCACCAGCUUGCCAAGCAGGUGCUUGGGGCGGCCACUCCGGAGAGGGGCGGCA